AUGGAGGACAUUUUCAUGAAGAAUUUUAGAGAUUUUGAUGAAGCAGAAAAGUCUGUUAUUGAAUAUUGUAGAAUGAAUUUUCACCCCGUCAAAAUCGACUCAAAAGAAAAAGUUGAACAUUAUAAUAAAAAAGUAAAGGAAGGUUCCCAGAUAUGUUGUAUUCCUCUUAACGCUAUAUAUGGUUGUAGGUGGAUAUGCAAACAUUAUGGAGAAGUAAUGCCCAGUGUCUUAAAGAGAGGCAAAGGGUUACGAGAAAAUAGCGUGCUAGCAAGUGGUUGUAAAAUGGCUAUUUAUGUAGCCUAUAAAAAAGAAAUAAGGAGUUAUUAUAUUAAGAAAAAAAAUUUAGUUCAUAAUCAUCCACAUGGGCCUGAGCAGUUCGGUAUGUAUAGAUCAGAACAUCAACCAAAAGGUGUUCUCGAGCAGCAGACAAUGCUUCUGCUAUCUCAUGGUGCUAAUCCUACACUUAUAACAGACAAUUUAAACAGGCAUGGUCCUGCACUCGAUGAAGUUAUAAAGGUUCUUGAAUUACCAAACGUCAUAUCCCAUAUUGAUGCCAAUCUUGAUAGAAAAGUAGAGUGUAUAACGUGGACAACUACUGAACAAAUAAAUUUGUUGAAAAAGUAUCCUGAGUGUAUCAUGCUUGAUGGUACCUAUUAG